AUGCGCUACAGAGGCGAAACGCCGGACUGCUCUAGAGGCUACGAGGCAUGGCUGCUACAAGAAGCCAAGGCACGAAAUCCUUUGAUUCGAACCUACGCAUUGGCCUGGGGCGUGCCUGGAUGGAUUGGCAACGGCACCUUCUUUAGUGAGGACAACAUCCACUACCAUGUCUCGUGGUUGAAGUGCAUCAAGGAAAGGUACGACAUUGACAUUGAUUACAUGGGACUUUGGAAUGAGAUGCCCUGGGGUGACGUUUGGUACGUCUUUGAUCUCGCAUCUGCCAUCAAGGAUGCCGAGCUAAGUACCCAGCUGGUUCUUCUGGAUCAAGCCUCCAGCACCGCCAGUGCGGAUUUUCUCUCCCUCUUUCGACGCGAUGAACGUUUUCAAGAGCUGGUGGCAGCAGUGGGUUUGCAUUACCCUUGCGUUUCUGACCCAAAGUUGCUAGAUGCCUUGGAAGCGCACCCGCACACACGAUUUUGGUCUUCAGAGGAACUGUCAACCGUGGCAGACUGGGGUGGGGCUGGCUGCUGGGGCCGCAUGAUCAAUCAGAACUAUGUGCGAAUGAAAGCAACCUCUUCAAUCGCAUGGUCUUUGAUUUGGAGUGUGUAUCCCAACCUGGAAUGCUUCGGUAACGGCCUCCUGUAUGCCUACGAACCCUGGAGCGGGCAUUAUGAGGUGAUGGCACCGCUGUGGACCUCCGCGCACACCACGCAGUUCACCAAGCUUGGCUGGAACUACCUGCCCGUGGGCGAUGCUGCCGGGCUACUGCCGGAGGGUGGCACCUAUGUCACCAUUGCGAGUUCCGACUUGAGCGACUUCACCAUCGUCAUCGAGACACUCACAGGCCGCUGCAUGUACCACGACGGAUGCUUUCACACGAAGACGCCGCAGGAGGUGCAGCAUCUAGAGUUCCAGCUGAGUGACAACCUCACUGCUGCAGCACGCGGCAGAGACUUGGAGGUGUGGGCCACAAAUGCCACCCACUGGUUCCGGCGCCUCGAAGAUCUACGCGUGGAUCCGGAAGGAAUCUUGAGGAUUUCUAUGGAGGUGGAUGCCAUUCUCACCAUCAGCACUCUGCAUGAGGCCACAAAGCAAGGCCAAAGAGCCUCCAGUCCGAAGGACGCGCCUGAGAUUCCUCAGCCAGCACCCUUUCCGCUUCCGUUUCAGGAGGAGUUUGAUGCUGUGGAGCUGCAUCGAUCGCCUCCGUUCUUUGCAGAUCAGGGUGGGACCUUCGAAGUCGUUGAGGACAUGGAUUUGGUGAGGGGGACCAGGCUGAACCGAGUCCUUCAACAGCAGGUGUUGCAGGUUCCAAUCGGUUGGAGCGGUGCAGCCCCUGAGCCUCUCACGCUCUUUGGAGGCACCAACUGGACAGAUGUGGACGUGGAGGUAUCAGCACGCUUUGAAGGACCAACAUCAGGAAAGUUUACGCCUCUACAGCCGUUUGGCCACCAGACGGUCCUCAGUCUGUUGGAGGAAGGCAAAAAGCGAAGUCGCAAGGCUCGCUAUGUGGGUCUUUGCGCCAGGGUUCUUCGCUAUACCUUCUUCAACACCGGUGGCAAGCCUCAAGGAUAUUGUCUCCAGGUGACGGAUGACGGGCUCAGUGCCAUGUGGACACUGACGGCCUCGUCGGAGGUGGUGGCUGCGGGAGCGCUGAGUGAUGCCAGCAAGGAAAAGAUUGCGCGCAAGGGGUGGCUUCAGCUGCGAUUGGAGGUCAGCAAGGCCCGCAUCCGCGCUCUCAUCGACGGGGAGACGGUGAGCAACAUCAUUGACACAAGCCUCCCCAUGGGACAGGUGGCCUUGAACUGCGGCUACCACAAGUGCCAGUUUGACAAUAUCAAGGUCCUGCCCUCGAGCAAAAACGUCACCUCAUUCCUGGCGACGACGUCUCGCGAGCUGCUGAAGAUGUACAGUCCUGUGACCUUCCACUACGACGCCCGCACCUGCGACCCUUCCCCAGCGCAGACGCCCAAGAGGGACGACUUUACCGGCUUCGUGGGCUUGGCCUUUGUACCCCAAGUUCCAGUGAGGCUAGCGGCCUUGGGCCGUAUGGUGCUUCGUGGAGGCCCCCCGGUGGCUGCAGUGCACAAUGUGGAACUGCUGGAAGUGGACGGCAAGCAGUUGAGAUACUUGGCUUCUGCUGCAGUUCCGACCACCCCAUCUCAGCAGGUGGGAAUCAUCUCCACGGAUGAAGGCUUUCAGUAUGCGGAGCUGCGAGAAAGUGUGCUCUUGGAGCCUGGUCACAAGUACGUCCUGGCGUCUUCUGAGAUCAGUGGUGGGGACUUCUUUUAUGACAAGGCUGUGGUGGCCGAAGCCACCGAAGGAGUUGAGAUCUUGGGCCCUGCGUAUUCCAACCAGAGCGGUUGGAUCUUUGACUCCGAACCAAAUUUGUUGUUUGGGCCUUUGAAUGCCCUGCUGAUCCCUGAGGCGCAAACUCAGCAGUUGUUCACCCCUGUUGCUGACCCUGAGAAGGCUGAGAAGAAUGCUGCUUCAGCGCCAGCCUUAGUCAUGAAGUCACAAGAGUCGAAGGCCACCUCUCGGACAGCUGAAGCUUCAGACGCGUUUCCUGUUCCAAACGAAGACGAGGCUUCGACUCAGUGGCAGGUGGAGGUCGUGGAGGACCAGACACUGAGCGCGCUGGAUCUCCUAUCGCCUUGA